AUGAAUCUGUUUCGUCUCGUUGCGGAUCUGAUGCACUUGGCAUCUAUCCUUAUUCUUCUGUUAAAGAUGCAAAAGACACGCUCCGUUGCAGGAAUUUCGUUCAAGACGCAGGCGUUGUAUGCGACGGUCUUUUUGACCAGAUACACUGAUCUGGUGACGACCUAUGUCUCGCUCUACAACACCGUCAUGAAGAUGUUCUUCAUCGCCUCGUCCCUCUACAUUAUCUUCUUGAUGAAGAUCAAGUUCAAGGCCACCAAUGAUCCUCGCCUCGAUACCUUCCAGGUCCAAUACGUCGUCGGAGGUGCCGCCCUCUUGGCCUUGAUCGUCAACUAUACUUUCACCUUCCAGGAGGUAAGAAGAAAGAAAUUGCUUAUCGGAGACUGUUACGAGAACGAUGGCGCUAGUUGA